AUGAGUUCUACGUCCCGACCUUUUGAAGAUCCUAGAUUUAUGUGCUCAAAAGGACCAAUGUCCUGGUAUAGAGGAAGAAGAAAUGUAGAUUUCAAAAGUUUAAUUUGGAUUCAUAACCCAAAUAUUUUUAUCACAUUUUUAGACCGCCCCUGUCUAUUAUGGUCCAGUUUUCCCAACACAACAUUCGACAUUUCUGAUAGUUCCAGUUCAUCUUACAGUAUGAAGAGAAUUCUCCCGGAUGAAUACGAAAAUUUUUGUCGGAACCCGGAUGAGAAUCCGCUAGGACCAUGGUGCCACGUGGAAGGAGGACUGAAAGUUCCUUGCUUCGAGCCUUGUAGACUUUCUUCUUCUGAUUUUGUUUGUUUAAACAGGGAUGGGUUCCCGUAUACCGAUGUCGAGAUGUCGGAUAUUUUUGAUCUUCCCCAAUUGAUUGGAGUAUUCAAGAAUGUUCAUUUAAUGUAUGAAUCAAGAUUUGUAAUACGGUUGGAAGUUGACAGACUGUCUACAAAAAGUUGCAUAAACAAAGGAAACAUUGCUAGUUUCUUCGGACCAUGGAUUUCUGUAUUCGAUGAAAUGGCAAAGGACUUUGUGAAGAUUAUUGGACGACGUGUACUUCGAGAUCUAUGCGCUCCAAUUGACACAAUUGAACCUCCAAGUCGUUCACAAGGAAUUCAUCACGAUGCAAUAAUAGAAGAUGAGCUUACAGUAGCUGAUUGUUCUUUCUGGAGACGUUGCUUUUCUUCGUGUCAGGAUGAUUUAUCAAAUUGUUGGAAAAAGGGAAUUAAAGGGUAUUAUGGGUCAAAAACCGCAACACUAAGUGGAAAAAGUUGCUUACCUUGGACUCAAGUUUCAUCGGAAAUCCUGAAAAUGAUAAAAAGCAAUUCGACGUCUUAUGAAACAUUUCAUUUAUACCAUGAUCUUCUUUUCAACGAUCCUUCUCAGUUUUUCGUAGAAUCCAGACUAUUCAUGAAUACCGAAAGUUCGUGCAUGCUUCUGCACAGAAGAGACGAUUCAGAUAUGAGAAGUUCGUUCACAGGAAGCUCAUCUUAUACCAAGGGAACCUGGAUGACAGAAUUUAAGAAAAUGUUCCAAGAGGGGCCAGGGUGUUUUGUAAAACAUAACAAAACUUUGCAAUUCGAGUCGUGUUAUACUGAGUGCGAGAAAACGCCAGAAAUAGUUUUGACGAAACCUCUUUGUCCUGAAGGAAAUACAUAUUCGAUCUGUAAGCCAAAGAGAGGAGAUGACUGGUUGAAACGAGGAAGGAAAGUUGAUUGA